UAGUCACAACGGAAUGCUAUUUGAAACAACAGUCAGAUGCCAAAGUUGAGACGGCAAAAACCGAGGAGGGACUUGCAAUGAACACUAAUCCCAAAAAGAAGACAAAAAAUUAGCACAUUCUAUUCAGAAUACGACAAGGUGAACUUAAUCCUCCAUAUGCUGGCAAAGACACCCAAGAAAAUUGCACCUGUAGCUAGAAAGCACGACAUCAAUGAGCGUACCGGUCAGCGUUGGUGGAAUCAGUAUAAGAACGAUUCAGAUUCUUUUUUCCUUCCAAAAGUCAAAGGAGAUCACAAAAAGCUUAAAGAAGAGCAUCGCGCUUUCUUGACUGACUUGCUAGACGAAGACCCUGCAAUCAAUGUCGAACAAGCACCGGAGCAGUUAGCUGCUAAGUUUGAUGGACUGCAAAUUGGAAAGUCAACAGUUCAUAGCUUUAUUACCAAAGACAUGGGAUUUACUUUUAAAAAAGCUGCUUUUCACAUCCUUAAAAGAAAUGAUGAGGGUGCUAUUGAAUGAAGCACGAUUCAAGUGGGCUAGACAAGUGAUUGAAACGGACAUGAGUUUUCUUAAAAACUAUUGGUGUGUGGG